ACGACGUCACGAUACGACGAGGAGCAUGAACGACCGACAAUGACCGACGACCGAAACGAACGAACGAAUGUGCAUACCAACAAGGGUGGAAUAGAUAUGGGUACGAAGGGGUCCGAUACAGAACGAAUGGACAUCAAAGGGUCCUGUGUUUCAUAUGGGACCGACGAAGGGAAUUACGGCGUUCAAGGGACAACGGUUAUACCCAUGGACUUUCUGGCGUGCUUGGGUUGUUUUAAGUGGCUCUUUUCCUCUCAGAUCCCCAGGCGUGUUGCUUCUGGGGUGGAUGUUUCCUCAUCAUGCGGAUUUGGGCUUCUGCUUCUGCUUUCAUGGACAGUCUUGCUCUGCCUCUUCCCACAUGCGGACGACCGAGGUUUCAUACUGCGUGUACUUACGGAGCCUAGUUGCUCUCAUUCGCAUACUGUUUCUUCUCUUUCUUCCAUUACUUCCUGUUUCAGUACGUGCGGUAGAAUUGCAAGUCCGCUUCUGCUGUUCCUGCAUGCACGGAAGGCACGUGACGUCCAUAUUAGCAUUGGCGUCGGCCCCGCCUUCCUUCCUUCAAGCCACGCCAAAAAGGAUGAACGCGCAAGCCUCGUCAGCAUUUCCCUCAGGUUGCGCGUCUCUGGACAUCUGAAACACUCGACCUGUAAAAUGUCCACGUCAGUCUCUGCAUCACACCUUGGGAACUCCCGCGCGGGGAAAGCACCGGAGCAACACUCGGACGAGGGAAUGUUGGGAGCCUGAUCUUCGGGACUGGCAGUAGAGUUUGGCCUGUUUCUAAUUCCGGUGACAGCUGUGAUACGAGAGUGGCUCGGAGGUCCGCCGACGCGGCUGGGGAAAGGGUAAACGUCAACGGCUCUGCAUUCCAAUUAAUCAUGGA